AUGUGCCCCAAACACCAAAAGACCGAUUCAGCUGACUCUUCUUCCACUGUUGAAUCUGAGCUUCGUCCAAUGCAGUUAUCUUUGGUCCUUCAAUUCGGUGGUGCAACAAGACCAAUACGAGAUUCCGGUGCAUCAACAUCCAAAGGAGAUGCUGGUGCAUCAACAUCAAUAGGAGAUUCUGGUUCAUCAACAUCAAGUGAAAAUGGAUCUUAUGGACCAGCUGGUGCAGCAGCUAUGUUGUUUAUAAUAGAUCGUGCGGACAAUGAUCACCUUGUGACUAAGGUGUUUGUCGCCCGCGAAGGUCUGGGAAACCAAACAAUUAGUGCUGCUGAGUAUCGCGGAUUAAUUUUAGGACUGAAAGAAACAAUAAGGAGAGGAUAUACAAAGAUCACUGUCCAAGGAAGCUCCAAACAUGUUGUCAAUCAGUUUUUAGGUAAUUGGGAAAUAAACGACCCGGAACUAAGGAGCUUAUGUGAUGAGGCUUUAGAGCUGCGUAAUAGCUUUCGAUCAGUUUCCAUCAAUCACAUUGACCAGGACUUAAUCGAUGCAGUUGCUUAUGAUGCAUUCCGGGCCAUUUCUCUCCCAGUUUCGGUUCAGUUCAGUUACAAUUUCGAUUUGGUUCGGUUUUAG